GGCAUGAGGACGGUCGCGGGGAGACGAACGCGGCCCGUGGGUCCGUAGCCUGCGUCGCGCCGGGGACAAAGAAGCCAUGCAGUGACAUCCGCUAAGACUUGCUGGUAGCCAUGUCGGAGCCCCACAGGGUCCAGUUCACCUCUCUCCCAGGUUCUCUGAAUCCUGUGUUUUUGAAGAAGUCCCGGAAGGAGGAGAUUGUGGGAGCAGAGCAGCAUCAGGACUCUGAGCCGGCUGCAGCAGCUGUUCGGAUUACACUCACCCUCUUUGAGCCAGAUCACAAGCGCUGCCCGGAAUUCUUCUACCCAGAGCUUGUGAAGAAUAUACGAGGGAAAGUGAAAGGCCUUCAAACUGGAGACAAGAAGAAAGAUCUCUCAGAUCCUUUUAACGAUGAAGAAAAGGAAAGGCAUAAAGUGGAGGCCCUUGCCCGGAAAUUUGAAGAAAAAUAUGGUGGAAAAAAACGUAGAAAAGACCGAUUACAGGACUUGAUUGAUAUGGGGUAUGGUUAUGAUGAAUCCGAUUCCUUCAUCGAUAACUCUGAGGCGUAUGAUGAGCUUGUUCCUGCUUCUUUGACUACAAAGUAUGGAGGAUUUUACAUUAACUCAGGAACCCUGCAGUUUCGACAAGCAUCAGAAUCUGAGGAUGACUUUAUUAAAGAAAAGAAGAAAAAAUCUCCAAAGAAGCGGAAGUUGAAGGAAGGUGGUGAGAAGAUGAAGAAGAAGAAAAAAGAUGACACUUAUGACAAGGAGAAGAAAUCGAAAAAGUCCAAGUUUUCCAAAGCCGGCUUCACAGCCCUCAAUGCCAGUAAAGAGAAGAAAAAAAAGAAAUAUUCUGGGGCUUUGAAUGUUAAAGAGAUGCUAAAGAAAUUUCAAAAGGAGAAAGAGUCUCAGAGAAAGAGGGACGAAGAGCAUAAGUCCGUAGCGGUCUCGUCAACAGAAGCUCAGGGCCUACGGGAAUUGGAGGGCACCUCUGACCCCUUGCUGUCACUCUUCGGCUCCACUUCUGACAAUGACUUGCUUCAGGCAGCCACUGCCAUGGACUCACUGACUGAUUUGGACUUGGAGCAUCUGCUCAGUGAGUCUCCAGAAGGAAGCCCCUUCCGCGAUAUGGAUGAUGAAAGUGAUUCCCUUGGGGUGGGACUGGACCAGGAAUUCAGGCAGCCCUCUUCCCUCCCUGAAGGCCUGCCUGCACCCCUGGAGAAGCGCGUUAAGGAGCUGGCUCAGGCUGCCAGAGCUGCUGAGGGAGAGAGCAGACAGAAGUUCUUCACCCAGGAUAUUAAUGGCAUCCUCUUAGACAUAGAGGUGCAAACUCGGGAGCUGAGUAGCCAGGUUCGUUCUGGGGUAUAUGCCUAUCUUGCUUCAUUCCUGCCCUGCAGCAAGGACACCCUCGUCAAGCGUGCGCGAAAACUUCACCUCUGUGAACAGGGGGGGCGUCUGAAGGAGCCUCUCCAGAAGCUUAAGGAAGCCAUUGGCAGGGCAAUGCCAGAGCAGAUGGCCAAGUACCAGGAUGAAUGCCAGGCCCACACACAAGCCAAGGUUGCUAAGAUGCUGGAAGAGGAGAAAGACAAGGAGCAGAGAGAACGGAUUUGUUCUGAUGAGGAAGAAGAUGAAGAAAAGGGGGGCAGGAGGAUCAUGGGACCCCGGAAGAAAUUUCAGUGGAAUGAUGAAAUCAGGGAGCUACUCUGCCAUGUGGUGAAGAUAAAACUGGAGAGCUAUGAUCUGGAGAAGAACAACAAAGUCCAUUCCUGGGAGGAUUAUGUGAAGGUGUUUCUGGAUGCUGAGGUCAGACCUCUCUGGCCUAAAGGCUGGAUGCAGGCCAGGACUCUGUUUAAGGAGAGCAGACGAGGCCAUGGGCACCUGACAUCAAUCCUGGCCAAGAAGAAAGUAAUGGCUCCUUCCAAAAUCAAGGUGAAGGAAUCAUCUGUUAAGCCUGAUAAAAAGGUUUCCGUCUCAUCAGGCCAGAUUGGCGGGCCCUUGGCUUUGCCUUCAGAACACCCGGGAGGAGGCCUGAACUCUGGAGCUGCAAACAGGGAGCUUUCGUCCCAGGCAUUGGGCAACCAAACAAAUCCUGUUCCUGUCAGCCUGGAGAACUCGUUGGAUGGAGACUUGAUCCAUAAUUCAGCCUCCUCAUUGGAGGCUGUGUCCAAGGAACUGGCUGCGCUGAACAGCAGAGCUAGUGGGAGCUCCGAGUUCACAUUGCCUGCACCCUCGAAAGUGCCUGCAGAGAAAGUUGCAGGUGUUUUAUGUACGGAAGAAAAAAGGAACUUUACGAAGGCUAGCCCUUCUGCCCCACCACCCUCCAGCUCUCUGCAGUCACCCCUCAAUUUUCUGGCUGAACAGGCUCUGGCACUGGGGCAGUCCUCUCAGGAGAAAAAACCAGAGAGUUCUGGCUAUAAAGAGCUGUCCUGUCAGGUUUCCCUGAGCAAGGGCCUGCCAGAAGGGCACCAGUCCAAAGCAAAACACCAUGGUUUGCCACGGACGUCUCAUGCACCCCAGACAGCAGCUCCCGUGCCUGGCCCCCAAGUAAAAGUCUUUCAUGCAGGCACUCAACAACAAAAGAGUUUCACCCCCCCGGCUCCAUUUGUCAGUAAGCUCCAGGGCCCAAAGCCUUCUUCCCCACAGUGUCAUCGUUCCCUCAUCCAGCUUGUGAAGACGGCAGCCAAAGGCCAGAGCUUCCAUUCCUCCACACCAGCCUCUUCAGGAGGCACGCCAGCCUCCAGCAGUAGUUCUCAUAAGACCCCAGCCUUGUCCUCCGCUGCCCUGAGCCAUCCAGCAAAACAGCACUCAGCCAGCUCCUCAGGGCCAUCUUACAAGAAUAGCCCCUUUGCCGGCUCUAUCUCCAAACACGGGAUUUCUUCUGGCAGCUCUUCUGUAGGAACACCAGUCCAGAGCUCCACUUCUGGCAAUCUGCUCCCUGGUGCACAACCUGCCUCCACAGGACAGCCUGCCAGCCGACCUGUCCCAGGCUCUGCAGUGAAAAAACCGCCUGUUUCCCAGAAGCUGACCCUAGUGGCCCCUCCUGGGGGUCCAAGUGGAGAUUCUAGUGGUGGGACCCAGGGAGUGGCCAAGUUACUGACCUCCUCCCUGAAGCCCAGUGCAGUUAGCAGCGUGACAUCGUCUACCUCCUUGCCAAAAGGAACGAGUGGGGCUGUGCUAUUGACCAGCUCAUCGCCCUUAAAUCUGCUAUCCUCAUCCUACAAGACAGGCGGCCCAAAGCUGCCCGGGGCUGUGAACUCAAACUCCCUGGGGAUCAUCUCUCCGUUUCCUCUCCGUGUGCUCUCCUUUAGCGCCGACUCCUCUGCGAAAGCAGGGGUCUCCAAGGAUGCCAUCGUCACGGGCCCUGCCCCUGGGACGUUUCACCAUGGCCUCAGCCACAGUCUCCUGGCUGGCUUGCACUCCAGCCCACCCCACGCAGCACCUCUCCCACACGCUGCCGUGUCUACCCACGUCCCGCAGAGUCUCCCAGAACCUGAGGAUCUGUUGAUGAUGCUUCUCAGCUUCAUGGGAAAGGGGCUGGUGUUCCACGGAAAUUGUGACCUCUUCAGAGGAAAUGCUGGAAGCUGAACUAAUAGGUCUCUGAAAAAUUGGAUAAUCAAUACGCUCUUUCUGCCGAUCGGUUUUCUUCUGGAGAAGGCGUGAGUGCUAAGUGGAACGUCUCUUGGCACUUGUGACGUGCCUUCACUUGGGAGCAGCCUCGUGCUUCUCCAGAGGUACUGACUGGCCUGGUGAUCCGGGCCUCAUGGCUUUGUCGCGGACAAUCGUUGGAGGGGCAGCUCUAGGCUGGGAAGUGUACUGGGUCAUGUACGGAGCUCUGGUGGCAGGACUGAGCGUUGGCACACCUGUGUUGUAAGUCUGCCCAACCCCCUGGCAUUUGGUCAGAGUAACUCAUGGCACCCCACUGGCGGGGGCUCCUUUUGGCCACACUAGGGUCCCUGGAUGGUCAUGGUGUCUAUCCCAUCCUCAGGCUGUGUGCUCAAUGGACAGAAACCCAGGCUAAUGCCAUAGCUGGGAGACUUACCUUGUCUCGUUGAAAAAUACUCAGAACAGCUAGUGUGUGCUCAUCACGGGGGCCAGUUUAUCCUCUAAACAUGACAAUGAAGCUCUUUUAAAGAAAGAUCUUUGUAGAUUCAACAAUUGUGAUAGGAUUUUUAAAGACACUUAUUUUUGGCUCAGUUUUCAUCAUUACCAUCAAUGCAUUAGAUAGAGUGGGACUGUUCUUCACAUGUCAUAUUUUCACACGUCAUAUGGAAGACAUAAUCCCAGUGCCUUUAUGGUGGAGCAGAAUUAGACACACAUCCAUUAGGCCCUCUGUGUGGCUCUCAGAUGAAGACCUUUUAAAAAGAUGUCUGUACUUAAGACGUAGCCAGUUUAUUUGAGGCUUUUUAUCAUUGCACAUCAUAAUCUCUGCUGUCCUGACUUAAAGGUCAUCUGGGUCCUCAAAUCCCAGGUCCCAAUUCAGCCAGGGCCUCUGUUUUGUUUUUCCAGAGUUCAUACAGGUGGACUGCAGAGCCCCAAAGGCCUUUGAGGGCAAGGAUAUGAAAGGUUCCAAGUUACAGAUAGACAUUCCAGCUUAUUUAGAAAUCAUUCUCAGGCAGAGCUGCAGGUGUGGGCCUUUGUGAAGUGUCUGCUGUAUAGACAGGCCUUGAAGUCCUAGGGCUCUCCAGGCAGCGGGGCUAUGCCUGACUUAAGGGUGACGCACCACUGAGCUUGGAGAGUGCAUUAGAGACAGACUUAAGACGAUUAACCCGGAGCUCCCAAGUCAUUACGCUGUUCCCAUUUAACCAUUGGCUGCUUCACGAGGAGUUUUAGGGCACUUGCCUGUCCUGUGAAGUCUCUGCCACAGGCAUGUCUCAACUGACUGCUCCAGCUAAGUGAUUUCAAAUAUUUAGAGAGUAUAUAGCCUCCUCAGAAUAUAGACCUAUGUGGAGACACAGGCAGCUCUUUUGGUUCCUGGCACCCAGGGUCCAGUGCUCAGUAACUCAUGCUUUAUGCUGAGGUUUGUCUAGUGUCCGAGGAGCAAGGCCUCUGCUCUGACUUUUUACAUAGGAACCAACACGUUUCACAUGGGCCUACAUGGAUUUCUUAUCCCUUUAUUAUAUAUAUAUUUUGCAACUUGGAUUUCCAGUUUGUUUACAGAAUAGUCUUAGGAAGUAGCAAAAGAGCCAAAGAAGAGAUUUGUAUUGCUGAGCUCAGAGCCGUGCAGAGACUGCCCAUGAGCUCCUUUUCUGCCCAAGACAUCCGGUUCCCCUGCAGUGCCCCCUCUUCCCCCCAUACCAUUGAGUGUGCAGCUGGAGCAGAAUACCCUCAUUUAUAGGAAUCUAGUGAUGCCUCUUGCCUCAGGGAAACGUUUCUUUGAUGGGGAGAUUUCUUUUUCUUGUUUAUGCUUUAUUUGUGGUAAUGAAAGAGUGAAUGACUUAAACAGCCAUGGCAAGGCAGAUCUACAGGCAGAGCGGGCUCCAGGCCUGGGGGCUGCGGUGCUGCAGGGCUUUCCUUGGUGCGGCCGUUUCUUAAGUGUGAAAGGGGCUGUGGCUUUGGUGCAGCCACUAGGUUGGUAUUAGGGGGUGGUGUGGAAAUUGUUAAUCUUGUAUAAAGCAACUUAAUAAAUUGUUUCAAGGUUUCCAAUA